ACCGCGAGCUUCUUUGGCGUCGGUUGUGCGUUCCAUCGGCCUCGUUCAUUGUUUGCAACCAUUGUAUAACAAAAAUGACACGAAAAAACAUUCAUAACAUAUAUAAUAACGAUCGAAUCAUUACAUUAUAGUUCAUUGAAUGUGCGUUCCUUUGUAUACAGUGUUUAGUUCGCGUUUAGACGUUGUUAGCUAGUAAAAUAACGAAUUUAACACGCUGCAGUACUGUAUGAAUUGUCGUGAACCUUGUGGAAUCGAUUUUUAGAUGUUAUUAAUGAAAUUACUAAGUUGCAUGGGAGUGAUAUUGUUUGUAAAGGGAACCUGUUUUAUAGUACUGCAUACACUUUGACUCUGACUGCUACCACUGCGGCCGGUUUGGAAUCAAUAGAUAUAAUAAAAAAUGCAUAUUUCGUCCAUGGUCUCAUAGAGGUUUCGUUCAAUACAGUACCGGCACGGCAUUCGCGACCGAAUUAUUGUCAAUGAGUUUUCCUAUGUUAUGUAUUGUUGGGAUAUAAUAUUUAAGUGAUGGUGAAACUAACCGACGCACUGGUUUUCUAACCCACUUUGGACGACGAAGAUAAAUACCGCGAAUGUUUUAUAAAAAUAUAUAUGUAUGUGUUAGGACUUUAGGGGUUUUUUAUUUAUUAUGUGAUAUAGUGUUUGUGGUGUAGUCGGCCAUUUUGUGAUGGGCGCCAUUUUGAAUAUGUUCCGGUUCCGUUUCGAAGUCGGUGGGAUGGUUGUUCGUGUGUUGCUGCUCCUAUGUUUCGCUGUCUAUUCAUCGUAUGGCGGCGGUUGCACAUUCCCCCCCGAGUGGACUGGCAGCUGGUUCCAGUCCGGCGUCCCUGGUCUGAUUUCUAUCAACUCCACUCACAUCCAGUCUAGAGGAGAGUGCUCGGAGACCGAGUCUUACGACAAGUUCCUUCUAUACGAUAGGAGCUUCAAUUGCUACAAAUGCAUGGUGAUCCACGAGAAACACAAAUAUGUCCUGCAAUAUAAAGAGACAUUCUGCAGUCCAAAGAACACCCUGUCGACCAUAUGCGAGGAGAUAAGUGGUGAUGCUCCACUGUACUCGAUGUUCAGGAAGGAGCCGAGGCCGGAGCCGCAGCCCUGCCCCUUCCACCCCGCGCCCUUCACUUUCACGUACAGCAGGGGUUUAGGCGACUGUGUCUACCCUCCGUCGAGGGCUGAGUCCUGUACGGACGAUUCGAGGCUUCUGUUGCGAUAUAUGGCCUGCCCGGAUGUACCCGGGACCGAGAGCAAUGUCGAGGAGCUGGUGUGCCUGGCGACUUGGAAGGAAGGUUCGACCAGGUACCUCGUGGGUCAGAUAUCGCAGGUCCAGAGAAGAAACUCGAUAGCAUCAGACGAGGACACGUACAGAUGCUUCAUCUACAAGGGCCAACACGGUGAAAAAAGCACGUACAUUAUAGCGCAGUCGGGCGACGCGACUUGCAACGGACUGUCCUCGCCGACUGACGGGAGUCGGACCAUGAAACUCACGACCAGCGACGACGAACACACACGCUGUCAUUUCCCAAGUUGGAUUGUGGAACAUCACAAAUGGUUCAGCCUUGAUCACACUCAUCAGUACCAUUUCACUACAAAGAACGCGACGUUAAAGGUGAUGAACGCCGAUGGGUCGUUUGAGGAGAAGCGCCUCGUCUGCCACUCCAUACUGGAACAGAAGGACAAGAAGCACAUCAAACUGGUUGCUCACGUCACGAGAGGCUGCGAGUCGGGUCACGUGUGUCUGUCUUUCCACUACCGCGUCCCGGGCGCUGUUCUGGAGCUCCGCGGCGGUUCGUUGUGGGAAGCGCCCCAGGACGCCUGCAGCCAAAACGUGGACAGCCCAUACGUCACACUUAUCACGACAUCUCUGACUCCGAUGCAGUGUCCUAUACAGGGGAGGUACAGCAUAGUUGGCUCCCUGUCGGACAGACGACGCCGCAGACAGCAGUUACCCCAGGGUGACGAGGGCCCCCAAGAAGAGUGUGUGGCUGGUGACUACGACAGCAUCAGCAUCGGCUGCGGACAUUCCCAGGACACGGUGGAGCUGAAAUCCAGUUGCAGCAGCACCAUGUACACAUGUUACGGUGGCUGGCAGGAGGGUAGUCGAGGCUUCCUGGUAGCGGCGCCCGUGGCUAGGGGCUCUUCACAUCCGCGGACCUUCUGCUUCAUGUACACACACCAUAACGAAUCUUCAUCAGUGACCACAUCCCUCAGUGCCGUCUCCAGAUCCUGUGACAGAUCAGCUAUUCCAGGGAGACACGGAGAUGCUGCCUACAAUCUGACCAGCAACGGUACAUGCCAACAAAGCAGUCAGUACAAUAGCUCAGCGAGCCGAGCCACUCCGCUGGUGGCGUUGUUGGCUGCGAUACUCACCGUCCGGUGAUAAUACCGCCCCACCCACCACCUACAAUAACAAUCAACAAUAGGAUGGUCAUAAAUUGAGACUGCAUCUUGACAAAAUUAUAUAUAAUUUUUUCAACACAACCAUUUGAUAUGGCAGCUUUAUUUAUUAUACAAUUAAUGAUCAUUAGUAAUGUUUGCUUUAAUAGAACUUGCCGCUUACAUUUUGUUUACUUUUAAUUAUUUAAUUUUUUAACUAUUAGGUUAGUCGACUUGAACAGAGUUUAAUGGAAACGAAAUCGUGUAAAUAUACCUAUAUAUCUAUAUCUAUAUAUAAAAUAUUCCCUCUAUAUAUUAUAUGAUAGAGAUGUCCAAUAAAACGAUACAAUCUAGACCGUGCGUUCUGAUUGUAAAUUUAUAUAAAGCUUUCAUAUAACAUACACCCUGUAUUCUAAAGACAUACAGACUAAUAUUAAGACUUAUUUACAUAGAUAGAAAUAUAAUUUAGAAUUGAAUUAUGCUCAGUAUAAUAUUUAUAUAUAUAUAUAUUUAUUUUUUUGGUCAUUAUAAUAUAUAAACCUUAAAUGGGAACAACUUUAUUAUAUUCCUAUAUAUAUAUAUUUUUAUUUGAUUUUUUUUUUCUUCAUAUAUUUUCCCGCUUCAGCUUAACAUAAAUCCUGACCAAUAGAAUUUAAUAUUGCUCAUUAUGUAAUAGUUGAGAUGAAAAUUUUAUUUGUGAUAUAUAUAUUUAUAUAUAUAUAUAAAAAUUAUUUAAGGAUAAAUAAAAAUUGUACAUACUCACACGAGUUCCUGUGUUUGAUUUUUAAAAUUUUGUGAUAAUUUAUUACUUUUUUUUUUCUCUCUAUAUAAAUAAAAAUAAGUUACAUAGUGUACGCUUGCCUCAGAUAUAGCCCAGAAUUAUUGUAAAUAAAUUAAAUAUAAUUAAUUAUACAAUAACAUUAAGUGAUUUGAGAUUUUUUUAAUACAGCUAAUGUAUAAUAUUUUAUUGAUAACAGAUUAAAAAAAAAAAUCUACAUAUUUUUUAAUUUCAUUUAAGUGUUUAUGCACAAUGUUAAUGUAAUUUUUCACUUAGGAUUAAGGCUUGUGUUAGUUUUUUUUUUUUUUUUAAUAUUUAUAAAGUUAAGGUAAAUUUCACAUUGUGAAUACAUUGCACUGAGGUUUUAUGUAAAAAUGCUAUGUUACGAUCUAUGGGAGUUGUAUUUAAUCAGCUUGUAUAUAAUUUUUAUUUUUCGGCAGCCAUUUUGUUUUUAAUGUCAGAAUUCUGUAUAGCUAGUAGGUGUUGGUUCAGAAUUGAUUUUUUUUUCAGCUUUUCAGUUCUUGUGAAUGAUCACGCCGCGGGAUACGAUUUGUAACUAUUAAUAUGUAAGCCUAUUAUUAUAUUUUGAUUACUGAAAUAUAUUUAAAAAUCUA